AACGAGAGUGACAGGAAGAAACGUCAAAAGGCUCUUUUUCGGAGCUUGAGAGUUAUUUACCGGACACGGGACUUCAAGCCUUCAUCAUGCCGCGCGAAAUCAAAGAUAUCAAAGACUUUCUUCUAACAGCGCGUAGGAAAGAUGCUAAGUCUGUUAAGAUAAAGAAGAACCCUGAGAACGUCAAGUUUAAGGUGCGUUGCUCGCGGUUCCUGUACACACUGGUCAUUACCGACAAGGAAAAGGCAGAGAAGUUGAAACAGAGCUUACCACCAGGUCUCCAGGUUAAGGAAGUGAAGUGAUAUGACUAGCCAUUAAUAAAUAAAAAACGCAAAACACAAA